UAUCCGUCGUCAACAAACAUGGCGCUGCGUGCAGGAGCCUUCAAACUGCUGCUGAACAACCGUCACUUGUACAAAUUCACCCCGGCGGGUCUCCGCUCCGUGUCCGAGAAUGCACCAUCCAAACAAGUGACCGACAGUGGCUCCGAGUCAGUCAGCGACCAUUUAAUAUACACAGCAGAGCACUUUGCAUUGAAGGAGUCCCUCAAAAAGAUCAUCGACCAGGAGAUCAACCCAUAUGUGGAUCAGUGGGAAGCUGAAGGGAAGUUUCCGGCACAUAAAGUCUUCAAAAUCCUGGGGAGUGCCGGCUUCCUCGGUGUAAACAGACCAGUUGAGUAUGGAGGCCUGGGACUUGACUACAGCUACAGUGUUGCUGUGGCAGAAGAGUUGGGCAAAAUCCACUGUGGAGGCAUCCCGAUGGCCAUUGGUGUCCAGACUGACAUGGCUACCCCUGCGCUGGCCAGGUUUGGUUCAGCUGAGAUGAAACAAGAGUUUCUCCUCCCCACCAUCAUGGGGGAUAAAGUCGCCUGCCUGGGAGUGAGUGAAGUGGGAGCCGGCUCGGACGUCUCAAGUAUUUUGACCAAAGCUGUGAAAAAGGGGGAUGAAUAUGUGAUCACCGGUGGAAAGAUGUGGACCACCAACGGCACGCAGGCUGACUGGAUGUGUCUCCUGGCCAACACCAGCGACGGGCCGCCUCACAGGAACAAAUCCCUCAUCUGCCUGCCCAUGAACCUGCCAGGAGUGCACAUCGCCCGGAAGAUCAACAAAAUUGGCAUGUGGUCCUCCGACACGGCUGAGGUGUUCUUCGAUGACGUGCGCGUUCCAUGUAAGAACAUCAUUGGCCAGGAGGGGAUGGGCUUCACCUAUCAGAUGCUUCAGUUCCAGGAAGAGAGGCUGUGGGCUGCUGCCAACAUCAUUACCACCAUGGACAUUGUGAUUCAGGAGACGAUCCAGUACACUCGACAGAGGAAGAUCUUUAAGCAGCCGGUGCUCCAUCACCAGGCAGUUCACUUCAGGUUAGCCGAACUGCAGACUGAGGUCGAGCUCCUCAGAUCGCUCCUCUAUCACGCGACAGCCUUGUAUAUUAAAGGCAAUGAUGUCACAAAACUGGCCUCCAUGGCGAAGCUGAAGGCAGGUCGCCUGGCAAGAGAGCUGAGUGACAGCUGCCUGCAGUUCUGGGGUGGGAUGGGCUUCACCAGUGACGUCCUGGUCAGCAGAUUCUACAGGGACUCCAGAUUGGUGUCGAUCGGUGGCGGAGCGGAUGAGGUCAUGCUGGGGAUCAUCAGCAAGUAUAUGGACAUGCUUCCCAAGAAGUGAUGUCAUCGGUAACUCACCCGCAAAUCUUUAUUGGUGAAGGUUAUAAUCACAAAGUGCAGUUACACCAGCUACUCGUAAGGCCUUUUCUGAUGUGAGUAGGUCUCACAAACAUCUUGUUCAUUGUGUUCAUCAUCUGAAACUGAAAUAAGACGUUAAUAAGAAGCCUAAUAUUUGUAAUCUAUGUUUUCAUAAAAGGCAGAGCUGCCAGAUCUAUCACCACACUGACAAAAAAUGUUCAUAAUAAAAUUUGUUUAUUUACAAUAAAACAAUUUUCCCACAAGAAGAAUAUCACUCUUG